AUGGACACAGGCAAACGGCUAGCAGAGAAGAUGGCGGAACACACCAAACCGGAAAUCAACACAUCAGCCGCCCUGAUCCAACUACCGCCAUACAACUCGAUCAACACCAGGAGUUGGUUUAUUCAACUUGAGGCGAUAUUUUCAGCACGACAGGACACUAAAUACGCCUCCGUGGUACAAGCCUUACCAGCAUCAAUCGUUGAAGAAGUGGAAGACAUCCUUCUCAAUACUCCGGACCAACUCCCAUACACCUGCCUCAAAGAAGCCAUUCUCAAACGAACUGGACGUUCGGACGAAGACCUCAUCAGAGACUUAUUCUCUAAUGUGUCUCUCGGCGAUAGGACACCAUCCCAGCUCCUCCGCCUGAUGAAGAGCCGCCUCGGGAACAACACCAUGGCAGAACCCAUCCUCCGAGGGCUAUGGAUGGAUCGGUUACCACCGAAUAUAACACAAGUUCUAGCCCUGGUACCAGUAGAGACGCCCCUUGACGUUGUGGCCGACCCAGCCGACAAAAUAUACUCCCGGGCUCACCAAAAAGUUCACCGGGUUGAGAGCCACGGAAACCACACACAACGCCUCGAAGAGGAGAUGACCCAGCUAUGCGCAGAGUUGAGAGACCUGAAACUCUCCCUAUGCCGGAGGCAGCGAAGCCCAGCACCACGCACGCGAAAUCGAAGCCGUACCCGCAGCUCAAGUCCAGGACGGAGAAACAGUGUGGACGAAUGUUGGUACCACCAAACCUUCGGGAAACGAAUAGACCGACAGGCAGCGACGACAAUCCCUGUCGGUACUCGCUCACACAGUCGUCUCUUCUACGUAUUGGGCCGUAACAAUGACCUCAAAUUCCUAGUUGACACUGGCGCAGCCAUCAGCGUAAUACCACCCACCAACAGAUCCGUCUUGAAACCUCACUCCUGCAGCUUCCAGCACUCCUGCAGUUUCCAGCACUCUUGCAGUUUCCAGCUCACUCCUGCAGCUUCCAGCACUCCUGCAGUCUCCAGCUCACCCCAACAGCUUCCAGCGGCCUCCAGCUCACCGCUGCGGCGCUCUACUGACGUCCCGCUACCUAUUCCAGCACCUGCUGACGAUCUAAUCCAGUGCCCACUGACGUCCAGCGCCCGUUAA